CUUGGGUCCUCAUCUUCAUUCAUGGCUGUCUCCGACAAGUCUCUGCGAAGCACCCGAAAUCAUUUGUACCCGAUCCAGGCGUGGUAUUGCAUUGGACUUUUCAUUUUUAUCAUUGCCACCUUCCAGUGGAUUUCUUUCCUUCAUUCCAAGUUCGUCAGGAGGCGUCAAACGUCCAACGCCUCUGACCCAGAACAAGCUUCUGUACACCAUCGUCACGCUUUUUCUUGGCGUCGCAUUCCAUUGGGACUUGUCAAUGCAUACCGUGUCAUCUCAUUUCGCUGGACACUCGAAUUUGGCAAGUCAUACACCCUCAACAUGGCUGAAGUUUUUGUGACUAUGGCAUACAUCAUUUUUCUUUUGUAUGGGCAUUUAUCAACACUCAACUACGUCCAUCGCAUGAUGGCUAGAGUCGUUUUCAUCUUGCUCUUGGUUCAUGCAGGCAGUGAGGUUGUCCGAAAUGCACCAUUCCAACCAUACUUCGCGCAGCAGUGGCUCGUAUGUGGCUUAACUUCUAUGGUCGCAUUUACCAUUUUAUGUAUCGUCUCGUUGCGCCCCAUCCGAGCGCAAACAUAUGAACUUUUCUUCUACGUUCAUUUCGCUAUGGCUUUGAUUUUCCUCAUCGGUGCUUACGUCCACACACAAAAUUUCGCAGUCGCCUUCUGGAUCUACCCCUGUUUCGCGAUCUGGGGAUUGGACCGCCUCAUUCGCUUCCUUCGUCUAGUUGUGUUUAACCACUCAUACUUUGGAUUCAGGUCAGGGUCUACGAUGGAUGCGACCGCUGAAGUCCUAUCAGAUGAUUUUGUUCGGUUGCGUUUCCACCGCCCAUCUCAUUUCCACUGGACGCCUGGGCAAACUGCCUAUCUUAUCAUGCCGUCCGUCUCACGCUUACCAUUCGAGGCUCACCCUUUCACCAUUGCGAGCUUUAAUUCGACCCUUUUUGAUGUGCCCAAGGAACAGAAACCAACAAGCGAAAAACACGCUGAGAUUGGCCUCGCAGAAGGGAAUCUUGGUUCUAGUGUCCCAUUCUGGAAAGAGCUCGUAUUUUUCAUAAAUGUGAGGGAGGGAUUCACUGCCCGAUUGAAAGACGCUGCCUUGAAAGGUGAUAAAAUCAAAGUCUUUGUCGAUGGGCCAUACGGGCCCUCUCCUAACCUGGCUUCAUAUGACACAUCCGUGCUCGUUGCCGGUGGAUCCGGAGUCUCAUAUGCGCUACCGGUCUUGUUGGAUAUAAUAGAGUAUGUUGGCGUGUCCGCACCAGUGAAAGCAGGUGCCGUCGUGUUGUUUUCAUCUGGUCAAUUCGGAGUUUUGAUCAUAUUCACUGGAUCAACGAUGUUCUUAUCCGAGCUCUCCGGCUUGCACCUCCUUCUUUAUCCGUCUCAAUCCACAUUCACGUUACCCGCCGUAGCAACAACUACUGAGACUUCACUGCAAUCGUUUGGUCAAAAUGAUGACGCCACACCUGUGCGCAACGAUUCCCGCUCUGAGACGGUGGAGUUGCAGGAUGGAAAAGACAUGGAAAUGAGCAAUAACUCCCUUUUCGCUAUAGAGUCGGUCAAGCUUGCACAUGGAAGGCCCGACCUCCGGACUAUCCUCAGGGAUGAAGUGAAAGUGGCGACAGGCAGGAUGUCCGUCAGCGUGUGUGGUUCACAGAGCAUAGCUCGAUCUGUCCGUGGUGCGCUUCGAUUCCCAGUAUCUAGCCCUCUCAGUGUAGCCAACGGUGGGCCGAGUGUGACUCUACACAUCGAGUCGUUUGGUUACGCUUGAAAGAGGGUUUCAACGUCUACAUUGAAACCGUGACAGAUCCCAGACGUUAUUGAUAUUUACGAAAUCGUUGUCUGCCCAUGUACUUCAUUAUUAUGGCGGAUCCCGGAAAAGGGAUACAUAGACGAAAUUUGAC